AUGGCUCCCCGCACGCUCCUCACCUUCAACGACGCCCUCAUCGCACGAAUCCUGCAGUACCUACCGACGGCCUCCCUCUUCACCGCCUCCGUAGUCUGCAGCCGUUUCCGGCGCCUCCUCUUCUCCUCCGGCUACGUCUCCCAAGCGCUUCUAAAACCGCACCUGGCGGUCCUGCGCUCCCGCUUCGGGCCCGCCACGGUCCCGCGCAAGCUCGCGAUCUCGGCGGUGCGGCAGCUUUUGUCCCUCUACGCGCGACAAGCGCUCUUCGGCGAGUUCUCCUCGACCGUGACCUACGACGUAUCGGACCUGUGCUGCGCGGCGGCGACAUGGCGCGAUGCGUGCGCCGUCCCGCUGCGCACCCGGCGCUUCGCCGUCUCCGCCAGCCUGCUGGCGUACGCGGUCAAGAAUAGGCGCGUGCACGUCUUCGACACCCGCCGGACGCCGGUGCGGCUGCUGACCACGCUCAAGCUGCGCGCGCGCGCGGUGGCGCUCGCCGUGAGUGAGGCGUUUCUUGCGGUCUUGGACGAGACGGGAGUGCAUAUGUAUCAGCUCCUGGCGAGGGACACGCCGAAAUUCAUGCCAGUGCAUACAUAUAGCAUCACAAUUCCCGGAUUGAAGGACCCCUGUGCUAUCGCCAUCACGCCGGAAAGGAACUCGACGCCGCUGGUGGCCGUGCUGGGUGCGGAGCUGGUGCUGGUGCACCCGAGCCACGCGCUCGCGGAGCGGCGGGGCCGGUUCUUCCGGCCGGAAGCUGCGGCGGCCCCACUCCACUCCGAAAAACAAAAAGCCCGAGCCAGCGUUUCCUCCAAGUCCAAAUCCCAGCCGCGGAAGCACGAAUGGAUCCUGACCUCCCCAGGCCUGAGCAUCAACCUCUCACCGCCCUUAUCCUUCAGCAUGUCGGGCCGCCAGCUCUCUGUAAGCGCACAGGGACACUCCGCAUUCCUCGGCGCCGCCUGGAGCAAUGAGGACUCGCACGAGCUCGCGCGGCGCCGCAUAAACGGGCUGAAGGACGGCGCGGCCGCCGGCGCGGCCGACCAGCAGUCCGACGAUGACGCCGAACUACUGUUCAAGCACUUCCGCGGCGCGCGCCGAUGGGUGCCGAAGCACCUAAACACUGGCGGGGGCGGAGGUGGGGAGGGCGCGGGCGGGGUGCAGGUCACGGACGCAAUGCAUAUAUGGGAUAGCUACUAUAUCCUCACAGAGCGCGAGAGCGGCGCGGUGCGCAUCGCGACCGUGGCGCCGUAUGAGCCCCGCUGCACGCUGUACCGGCGCCCGCAAAGCCGCGGAGACGCAAAUGCCGGCUACGCCGUCUGGAGCCAAAUCGUCGACGGCCGCACCGUCGCCGGGUACAUCGCCUUCUCGCCCGCCGAGGGAAGGCUGAACGUGCUACCGCUGGAGCGGAUUCCGUGGACGGGCGGCAGGGGCGGCCGGGGGAGGGGCCGGGAGGAUGUGGAUGUGGAUGUGGGCUGGGAGCUGGUUACCACGUGCAGAGAUAUUGCGAUCGGUUCUGGAGAGAUUCUCGGCAUGUCGGCGGGGAGCGAGCAGGUCGUGGUCGUGUUUGAGGACCGCGUCGUGGUCGUUAGGCUGUGGGUGCGCGAGGUGGGCGGCGUCGGCGAUGAGCGCUGUGAGUGGGCUGUCGACAGGAAGGGCGGUGUGCACCGCGAUUGGGAGGGGCGUGGGAAGUUGAACUUGAAGUGUUUACGCUCUGAGGAGGAGUGUUUGCUGAUGUGA